GUCUUCUUCAUUAUUAACUCAUCCAAUGCAUUGCUGUCGUUCAACAUACAAAGAUACGGACCAAGAGGAUAUAACAGACUCGACUCAGCCAUUUCUGACGGCUUGGUCAUUAGCAUGCGGCUCAAGAGCUUAAGUAAUGGUCUACAUUCCCCCUAUUGGAUCCUAUUCGCUAAGGUAAACCAUAUCUCGGUUUACGGUAAAACAAUUGAUGCUAGAGGAGCUGGUUAUUGGUCUUGUAAAAAGAAAGGUGGCCAAUGUCCUCAAGGUGCGUUUGUAUCAAAACCUGAUUUCAAUUUGUUCUUUAGCUUAGCUAUUUUGUCUAUAUCUUUUAGCUGGUGCGAUAACGUUCUACUAAGCGGCCUAACGUCGUUGAAUAGUCAUAAUAUUCACGUCACGGUCCAUCAUUCUUCCAAUGUUGGGAUUCAAAACAUAAGAAUUAGGGCUUCAAGUGAAAGCCCUAAUACUGACGGUAUUGUCGUCCAGUCUUCUUCUCGAGUCACCAUUAGUUGGCCAAUCAUUAAGACCGGUGAUGACUGCAGUGCUCUUGAUCAAGGAUCUACGAACAUUUGGAUCGAACGCGUAGUCUGUGGACCAGGACAUGGAAUCAGAAUAAAGGCUUGGGCUAGGCCGAGUGGAGGGUUUGUGAGGGAUGUGGAAUUUCGAAGCCUGAUAAUGAGGAAUGUUGGUAAUCCAUUGAUCAUCGAUCAAAACUAUUGCCCGGGUAGAAAAGGCUGCCCUAAUCAGAACUCUGGUGUGAAGAUCAGUGGAGUGACUUUUGCAAACAUAAAGGGAACAUCAACAACGCCAAUAGCUAUGAAACUGGAUUGUAGUGAUAGCAAUCAUUGCACAGGGAUUAGGUUACAAAACAUUAAUCUCACUUACAUGAGAGGACCAUCAGAUUCUCAUUGCACGAACGCUCAUGGACGAGCCUCUGGAGUUAUGGUUCCAAGGAAUUGUAUG